CGACUCCGGAUCCCGCCCGCCUGGCGCAGGAGUACCAGCUGUUCAAGACGUUCACGGAAGUGGCUCGGCUGGUGGAGAGCAAGGGGCUGCAACCCAUGGUGCAGGUUCGUUUCCGCCAGACCACCUUCCGCGAGCCGGGUGGGGAGCAGGAGGUGGGGCGCAGGGCGGUGCUGGAGGAGGAGGUGCAGAUGCUCCUGGAAUACGCGUACGACACCUCCACCCGCCUCUCCCACGGACUAUGGCGCCAGGAGCACCCGGCGGACGCCAUAGAGUUCCCCUACGCAGUACUCAAGGUUCAGCGCCCCUACCCCGACGAUGAGUCCCCGCCCGCCUGGCUCCUGGAGCUGCUGAGGGAGGGGCUGGUUCGGCCGAUCAGCGACUUCUCCAAGUUCCUUCACGCCUGCGCGGGUCUGCUCCCUGACAUGGUUCGUGCGGUGCCGCAGUGGAUCGACGAUGAGGCGGUGCAGAAGAGCCUGUACGCCAAUGUGGUGGCGAAUGAAGACCUGCAGGCUCUGCUGCUGUCGGGUCACAAUGUGGUUGCGGAGCUGGAGGAGGGAACCCUGGAGCAGACGGCGGCAGCUGCACGGGGCAGGG